GUUUGAAUAUACACACAAGAAACAGUCGGGCGGAGCAGGCCAGUAUGGCAAAGUUAUAGGCGUUCUUGAGCCCCUGGAUCCGGAGGACUACACAAAAUUAGAGUUUGAAGACAGAACCAUUGGCACAAAUAUUCCAAAACAAUUUGUGCCCGCUGUUGAAAAGGGAUUCCGAGAAGCAUGUGAAAAAGGUCUGGUGUCAGGGCACAGGAUAUCAGGAGUCCGGUUCGUCCUAGAUGAUGGUGCACAUCACAUGGUGGACUCUAAUGAAAUCUCUUUCAUCAGAGCAGGAGAAGGAGCCCUGAAGCAAGCUAUGGAAAACGCCGCUGUGCGCAUACUUGAACCCGUUAUGGCAGUGGAGGUGAUGGCACCCACUGAAUUCCAAGGAGCAGUGAUAGCUGGAAUUAAUCGCCGUCACGGAGUGAUCACAGGACAGGACGGCACAGAGGGUUACUUUACUCUUUAUGCUGAGGUGCCACUGAAUGAUAUGUUUGGAUAUGCCACCGAGCUGAGGUCUUGCACAGAGGGAAAGGGUGAAUAUACAAUGGAAUACUGUAAAUAUCAACCAUGCUUGCCCAGCACUCAAGAAGAAAUAAUUAACAAAUACCUUGAAGCAACAGGACGACUUCCUGCAAAAAAGGGCAAAGCCAAGAGCUGACUUUUUUCCUCCCGAGUACAUUGAACAGUUUUUCACCAUCUUCUCUAAAAGCUCUGUUGCCCGAGCGACAGAAGCGAUCAAGGCUGGCUGGAUAAGUGCAGGCUGCAGCAGGACUAGGGCUUGUAAUUUCAUCAUAAUAUCCUUCCUUUGUGGUAUUCUCAGAAGCCACCAGGAGAUUACAACAGAAUUGUUCACAUGUAAAUGCUACUCAUCAACAAAAUACAGAAAUGUUAUAAUACU